GUGGCCAAAAGCGGAGGCGCAUUGUGGCCAGUACAGAAAAGGAACAAGAACAGGAGGGAAGGAGCUUCCUACUGCCUCUCUGGCAGAGGCACCAAGUGCGUGGCCUGUCUGCAUCCCAGCAAAGUACUGGUUUUCGAAAAGUAAGUGAGACUGAGAGCCACCUCGGGGCACUUGGAGAGGAGGAAGAGGACUGGUGCCAGCAUGGAUAAGGACAGCACAAACCUGGCUGACCAGCAGUAUGAAUGUGUGGCUGAGAUUGGGGAAGGAGCCUACGGGAAGGUGUUCAAGGCCCGAGACUUGAAGAACGGAGGUCGCUUUGUUGCGCUGAAGCGGGUGCGGGUGCAGACCAGCGAGGAGGGGAUGCCGCUGUCCACUAUCCGAGAGGUGGCAGUUCUGAGGCACCUGGAGACGUUCGAACACCCCAACGUGGUCAGAUUGUUUGAUGUGUGCACCGUGUCACGAACAGACAGAGAGACCAAGUUAACAUUAGUGUUUGAACAUGUGGAUCAAGACUUGACUACUUACUUGGAUAAAGUUCCAGAGCCUGGAGUGCCUACUGAAACUAUAAAGGAUAUGAUGCUUCAGCUGUUUCGGGGACUGGAUUUUCUGCAUUCCCAUCGUGUGGUGCAUCGGGAUCUGAAACCCCAGAAUAUCCUUGUAACCAGCAACGGGCAGAUAAAGCUAGCUGACUUUGGCCUUGCACGAAUCUACAGUUUUCAGAUGGCUCUUACCUCAGUGGUUGUUACUUUGUGGUAUAGAGCUCCUGAAGUCUUGCUUCAGUCCAGUUAUGCAACAGCAGUUGAUCUUUGGAGCGUUGGCUGCAUAUUUGCAGAAAUGUUCCGUCGAAAACCACUCUUCCGUGGAAAUUCAGAUGUUGAUCAACUAGGAAAAAUCUUUGAUGUAAUUGGACUCCCAGAAGAAGAGGACUGGCCUAAUGAUGUUGCCCUUCCAAGAAAUGCUUUUACUUCCAGACCCGCACAACCUAUUGAAAAAUUUGUACCAGAUAUCGAUGAAGUAGGCAAAGACUUGCUUCUUAAAUGCUUAGCGUUCAACCCAGCCAAAAGAAUAUCUGCAUAUGUUGCCCUUUCUCACCCAUAUUUCCAUGAUCUGGAGAAAUUCAAGGAGAAUCUGGACUGUCACGUGUCAUCCAGCCAAAACUCCAGUGAGGUGAAUGCAUCAUAAGUGCUGACUGAAGAUGAACCAUAAAUGAACAAGACAUGUAGCUGACAAGGCCACUGUCCCAAACAAACCACAUAGCUGUCCUAGCAAGAUCGUUAUUUGGAGGUUUUAUGCACUUAUCUUUUAUUUUGGGAUUGUGAUGUGCUUAUCCAUGGAAAUAAUCUAGUUUACUUUUAUCAGAGCAAUGCAAGGGCCAGGGAUUUGACCUGCUCCUGUUGCAGCUUUAUGUUUGUUUUGGUUUUGUUUUGUUUAUCUACCUGGGAAAACUCCAGACGAAGAGAAGCUGCUGACCAGUUUUGCUGCCGUUUUAUCUUUCUAAUAUUGAAUGCUGCCAGUGUUUCAUGAUCAAGUCACUGCCAUCGAUUCAAUCUCUCUCUCUCUCUAGCUGCUGAAGCAUGAUUUGGUACUUUAUUAUUGUUAUUCUGUGACAUUUAAAGAAUGGCAUUGAAAUACCAGAUCUCUGCAACCUGCAGUUAACUGAUACAUGCGUUAAUACAUCCAGCUACUGUUCAUUCAUAGCAGAUAUGCAGGUGCUUCCCCACUUGAAAACAUGGAUAAAUUAAUUUAUCAUUUUGUUGCUCUAUAAAAAUAACAGUGAUGAUGAUGAUCAUAAUAAAUGUCUCAGCUUUUA